UUCAUCUCAUUCACUGUAGACCACAACACAACACCUGACGAACAAAAUGUUUCUCAUGUUUGUUUAUCUCUCUUUGUGUUUCAGCAGUCUGAUGGGUGUGUUUGGUGAUGAAGUGAAGUCAGUAUCAGUGAUGGACGGAGAUUCUCUUACUCUAUCCAGUAAUCUUAGUGAGAUACAGAGCAAAGAUGUGAUCGAGUGGAGAUUUGGACUUCAACAGAUUCGUAUAGCUGAGGUCAAUAAAGAGGCCAAUAAAAUCACAAUAUAUGAUAAAGUUCUUGAUGGGAGAUUCAGAGACAGACUGCAGUUAAAUGAUCAGACUGGAGAUCUCACCAUCACAAACAUCACAACCACAGACUCUGGACUUUAUCAAAUAAACAUCAGAAGCAAAAGAAAGAGCUCUUACAGAUUCAAUAUUAUUGUCAAUGCUCAUCUGCAUGUUCCUGUCAUCUAUAGUAACUGUCCACAAAACUCUUCAUCGGCCUCACAAAGAGUGUUGUUAUUGUGUUCAGUGUUGAAUAUGAGAGAUGUGAGUUUGUCCUGGUAUAAAGGAAACAGUUUAUUGUCCAUCAUCAGUGUGUCUGAUCUCAACAUCAGACUCUCUCUACCUCUGGAGGUUGAAUAUCAGGAUAACAACACAUACAGAUGUGUACUUAACAAUACCAUCACAAACCAAACUCAACAUCUCAACAUCACUCAUCUCUGUCAGCCAUGUCUCACUGGAGAUAACAUAAUUCUGAUCUCUCGAAUUGUGUUUGCUGUUGUUCCUGGAAUUGUGAUGAUUGUAGUUGCAGUUCUGUUAUUCUGCAUCUACAGGAAACACAGAAAAACACAUCAACAAGUUCAGACCAAUGAAGAGUAGAGUUAAGCAGAUGCUACAUUCAAUAGAAGACAAAUGCAUAAUGCGGUCUUAGCAGUCAGAAGUCCUUAGAAAUCCCUCCACAGAAGAAGUCUGCUAUGUCAAAGCUAUUUGGACAUUUUUUUCACCUGACAAGACAAAAGUUGCAUGAGAGCAUGUUACUAAACUUGCAAAACAACACCUUGUAACGUCCAAAGUGAGAGAGCAAGAGCGAGCGAGCGAGCUCUCUCUCUCUUGUUUUGACAUUGUUUUUGCCGCAGACCCUGACUUGCAAAUGAAAAUGUUAACAAACGAAUCUUCUUGCAAAAAAACUUGAAGAAAAAUAUAUAAUAGAAUACAGCAUAGAAUAAAAAAGUGACCAAGUGUUCUAAGCUAUUUUAUGUACAUAAUUUAAUAAGCUAAAAUGUUAAGUUACAGUAAAAACUGCUUAGUUUCUGUAUUUGUAAAGAACCCUGUUGUGAUCAAAAUGUUAGUUGUUUGUAACCCAAUAAAUUUUUAUUCUUUGAA